AUGAGUAUAACCGAGCUUAGCAAUUGCACAGAAGAAUUGCUUAAAGAUUUGAAAGACACCAAAGUGUGUAACCAUGCCCAAAAUCGAAUCCAGUGUUUAGGAUUUAACAAAGGACAAACAAAUACUCUUACCCCCAUGCAAGCUUCUGGAAGGUGUGUUGUAGGAAGAGUUUCCACCAAAGAACUUGCUAAAUAUAUUAAGGAAAAUGAAGAAAAUCUUAAAUCAGAAGAAAUAAAUGAAUUGGCAUAUAAUUUCACAAUAAGUGCUCCUACUGAAAUAGCUCAAUCUUCAUGUCUCAAAUUACUUAGGAAAGAAUUGAUCAAAUUGGAUGCCAGUAAUUUGACAAUAAAAUCUACAUAUAUAUAUAUGAUUGCUGUUGAAUCAAAUAAAAAGCAAAGGGAAUUGCAAGAACGCUGUGAAGAUGAGGGAUUUGAUUGUCCUGAUUUCUUUUCCCUAGAAAAAGUUCAAGAAUGGUUAAAAGAAUUCCAAGUAAUGCAGAUUGGUAUAAGUCUAAGUACUCUUGUUCCAAAACAAGCUAGAGAAUUACUUAUUUGGAUUCAAAAAUCAAUAUCAGAUAAAUUUCCAUUUCUGUUAAAAGGAGAAGAUGAUCAAACUGCAUCACCAAAUUCACCAGUUUUAGAAGAGGCAAAGCUUCAAGUCUCCAACUCACCCAAAAAAGACAAAGAUAUUUCAG